GCACAGUGCUGACAGCACGCGCAGUGCAGGAGCGGCGCUCACGAGCUGUUUACCAGCGUCCGGUCAGUCAGUGUCACUGUGGAGAUUAGUGCGAUCCUCGGCAGUGUUCUGAGACUGCACUAACUGCUCCGGUCAUUACUGGAAAUGUCAUGAGAAUGGACAUUGCGGAGGAGAAUAACUAAACAAAGGCAUUUGUGUAAAAACACACGUUUAAAAAUUUGUUUCCCCGGUAAAGUUGAGUGAAUUCAUUAUACGCAAGACAAGGUUGUCUUCAGCAUAAGCGCAUCAUGACAGCCGAGAGAGAGAAAAAAAGGCAUCCUUCUGAAAGGCGCAAGGAAAAGUCCCGUGAUGCAGCACGCUGCAGGCGCAGUAAAGAAACAGAAGUGUUCUAUGAGCUGGCCCAUCAGCUGCCGUUACCCCACAGCAUCAGCUCCCACCUGGACAAAGCCUCCAUCAUGAGACUAGCUAUCAGCUUCCUGCGCACACACAAACUUUUCAACUCAGGCCGCACAGUCCAACAAACCCGGUCACAGGAUGACAGCCAGAUGGACAGUCUAUAUCUGAAGUCUCUGGAAGGCUUUGUCGCUGUGGUAACAUCAGAUGGAGACAUGAUAUUCCUUUCAGAAAACGUCAGUAAAUUUAUGGGCCUUACGCAGGUAGAACUGACAGGCCACAGCAUCUUUGACUUCACGCACCCCUGCGAUCAUGAAGAAAUCCGAGAGAAUCUCAGUGUCAAAUCAGUACCUGUGUAUGGCAGAAGAGGGAAAGACAUGAGCACGGGCAGAGAUUUCUUUAUGAGAAUGAAAUGUACAGUCACCAAUAGAGGUCGCACUGUCAACCUCAAAUCAGCCAGCUGGAAGGUGCUGCAUUGCACGGGGCAUCUCCAAGUGUGCAGCAGCCGCCCCCCUCAAGUCCUCUGUGGGUUUUCGGAGCCACCCCUCACAUGUGUCACUAUGCUGUGUGCGCCGAUCCCACACCCCUCAAAUGUUGACACACCUCUCGACAGCAAGACGUUCAUGAGCAGACACAGUAUGGACAUGAAGUUUAUCUACUGUGAUGAGAGAGUAAGCAGCCUGAUCGGGUAUAGGCCAGAGGAACUUCUUGGCCGUUCGGUGUAUGAGUUCUGCCAUGCUUUGGAUUCUGAAAGCUUGACGAAGAGCCACCAAAAUCUUUGUAAUAAGGGUCAAGUGGUGAGUGGCCAGUACAGAAUGCUAGCCAAGCAUGGGGGCUACGUUUGGGUGGAGACCCAGGCAACUGUCAUCUAUAACAAUCGCAACUCCCAACCACAGUGCAUCAUCUGCAUCAACUAUGUCCUGAGUUCUGUUGAGGAGCAGUCUGUCAUCUUCUCCCUGGAUCAGACGGAGUCUCUGUUCAAGCCCUACCACAUGUGUAGCAUGGGAGAACUGUUCAGCCAGGGUAGAGCUUCCUCCGUUUCAGAGGCUGAGGACAUUCUUUUCACUAAGCUCAAGGAGGAGCCUGAGGAGUUAGCUCAGUUAGCGCCCAUGCCAGGCGAUGCCAUUAUUGCCCUGGACUUUGAUAGGCCAGAUUUUGAAGAACUGACUUUCUUCUCCAAGUCCACCAAGCUUCCUGUGGUGGGACCAUCAUGGGUUGUGGACACACCCCCUGAUGGCAGUCUUGAUAGAAAACUGUCCAACAUGCCCUCCACCUUUACCAGACACCAGGUGCCUCCUGCAGGCACAUGCACGCCCUGUUCCACACCCUGCUUGAGCGGCCGCAGCAGUUGUUCUACACCUAGCAGUCCAGUAGAUUACUGUGGCAGUGGAGAGUGUGAUCUGAAGGUGGAGCUGACAGAGAGGCUUUUUGCCUCUGAAUCUGUAGCCACAAAUCCCACUUGCUCCCAGUUGGACCUGAGCGAUCUGGACCUGGAGACUCUUGCUCCAUACAUCCCAAUGGAUGGUGAGGACUUCCAGCUGCACCCCAUCUGCCUGGAGGAGACAGCGCCUGACACAGGUCCAGGCCUGAGCACAGGCCUCCAGCACAGCUUCAGCAGUGUAGCUGACCUCUUCCAGCCCCUGGGUCCAUUCCCUCUUGACAACAAAAGUAGCACUAACACAUGUCCAGACACGGCUCAUGUGCAGCCUUACCAAACCGCACCAAACGUCCCACUUUCCUCUAAGGAGGGUAGACAGAGUCUAAAGUGGCCCCCUGACCCACCCUUACAGUAUGAACGUACAGAUAUUAGAUGCAUGGAUGACCGAAGCACAGCAGAUCCAGGACAAACAUGCGAUUUCAACGCUGCACUGCCACAGCUAAAAUUUUAUGAGAGCUUUGCCCCUGUACAGAAAGGCAGGAAUGUGGGUCGUAUAACUCUCGUCAACAACUUUAAACGGAAGAGGCAAUCAGAGUUCAGUUCAUCAUGCUCUUUCACUGAUAUUCCAAAGCAGGUGGUAGCUCAUCACAAGUCCGCAGAUGGAAUGCAGAAAAGGAUGAAGACGAUGAACGUCGACAGCUGCGCCUUUUCUGUCAGAAAGUCUCUCAGCACAAGUGUGCUAACAGAUACAUUUCCAUGUAUGCAAAAUGGAUUGGUUUCUCCUCACGGCUGCAGUCAGUCUCUCAAAGGGAGCUCAGAGGAUCCCAAACAGCAUUUCCCAGAGUCAUUCUGCUCUCCCAGUAACAGACAAUACAACAUGAAGCCUCCACACAAACACACAGGCAUAAUAAGUCAACUGUUGGGCCCAUCAUUUGACUCGUACUGUCUGCCAGAGUUGACACGAUAUGACUGUGAGGUAAACGUGCCUCUACAGGGAAGCCUGCAUCUGCUUCAGGGCAGUGACCUCUUAAGAGCUUUGGACCAGACCACGUAGACCCAGAGCUUCUGUAGUGAUCCAUUCAUCCAACUUUGUCUAUAUAUGCUGUUAUCUUUUACGCAUGUAUUAUCAGUCUUUAUUUAGACGUAUUUGUACAUUUUCCUUUAAGACGUGUAAUAUUUUAAUAUAUAUUUAAAAAAUGUGUUUAGACGUACCACGUUCUGUGCUAUCUCAAACUCUAAUAUUGCCCUGAGUCUUCAGAUGCUAAGUGUUCUUAACAUUUAUGAUCAGAUUUAACAGAUGUUUCACUGUUGCAAAUUUAUAUUUCAACUAAAAUAGAAUAUAUACAAUAUAUAAUAAUAUACUACAAGUUUCAUUUGUAACUUACUCAUUCAGCUUGGAAUACAACUACUGUGUUUGUAUAAAUCAAAGACAGUUAACUGUUUUCCCAAGCUAUUGCCUUAAAUAUUUGCUUCGACACUGUACCAGCAACAAAUGUGGCAUAAAACUGUGUAGCUCAAAAACAUGUCUGUUUUCCCAUUUAGAACAUUAGUAUUGGAAUCUGAUUCCUCUACUUUUCACAAUCAUGACAAAUGAUGUAUUAAAUGUAUAGUUUCUGUCAUCUAAAGCACUUUAUUUUGAAAGAUGCAAAUGGAAGACCAAACUGAAAAGCCCCAGUAUAGUGGUAUGUCUUUGCCAUCUU